UCAAAAUCUAAAGCAAACAUUUUUGUUAUUUUUGCUUCGAUAUUUUUAAAAAGAAAAAAUAUUUAUUUUAAUUGACAAAUACUUUUAAAUGGGUUGAUUUUUAAUUACAAAAUAUACAUUUUUAAAUAUUAAAUAUUUGAAAAUUAUAUCCCUAAAAUAAUUAUGAUGGAUGUUCAAAGGCAUUCGGUUCAUACAUUAGUGUUUCGUUCGUUAAAACGAACACAUGAUACAUUUCUUAUGAAUCAAGGACUUUUACCGCCAGUUGAUCCUGAAUUGGAAAGAAAGAAAAAGUCAAUAAAAGCACGGGAUACUUAUGGGCACAUUGUUGACAAAGUUAAGAACCAACCUGUCAAACCAAAAAAUCUCAAUGAAAAUGCAGAUCCACCUCCACCGGGUGAUGAAUCGUUUGUGGGAACUCAGAGUAGUACAUCUUUGGUGCCUGUUAAUACACCAGCAGCAACACCGACAUCAGUUGUUGCAGCCUCUAAUCCAACGAAUACGGUAUCGAUGCCUGUUAAAAAAGCUCCUCUUAUGUUGAAACCAAAGUGGCAUCCACCGUGGAAAUUAUACAGAGUCAUCAGUGGACAUCUUGGGUGGGUAAGAUGUUGUGCCGUUGAACCAGGGAAUGAAUGGUUUGCUACGGGUUCUGCUGAUCGAGUUAUCAAAAUUUGGGAUCUAGCAAGUGGUAAAUUAAAAGUCUCGUUAACCGGACACAUUAGUAGUGUGAGAGGUCUUGCAUUUUCUCAUAGACAUCCGUACUUAUUUUCGUGUGGAGAAGAUAGACAAGUUAAAUGCUGGGAUUUGGAGUAUAAUAAAGUUAUAAGACAUUAUCAUGGACAUCUGUCAGCAGUCUACAGCAUGGCACUUCACCCGACUAUUGACGUUCUGGCAACAGCCGGUCGGGAUGCUACUGCAAGAGUUUGGGACAUGAGGACUAAAGCUAACGUCCAUACUUUCACUGGACAUACUAAUACAGUAGCUAGUGUUAUCAGCCAAGCUGCCGAGCCACAGAUCAUCACUGGGAGUCAUGAUUGCACUAUUAGAUUGUGGGAUCUAGCUGCUGGCAAAUCUCGAGCGACUUUGACUAAUCAUAAAAAAAGUGUUCGCUCUGUUUGUUUCCAUCCAAUGCUAAAUAUGUUUGCAUCAGCAUCCCCAGAUAAUAUUAAAGAAUGGAAAUGUCCAGAGGGUAAAUUUAUACAGAAUUUAUCUGGGCACAAUGCAAUUGUUAAUUGUUUGGCUAUCAAUGCUGACGGUGUCUUAGUUUCCGGUGCUGAUAAUGGAACAAUGUACAUGUGGGAUUUCAGAACUGGGUACAAUUUCCAACGUCUACAUGCACCCGUUCAACCUGGAUCAAUGGAUAGUGAAGCUGGUAUUUUUAGUGCUACAUUUGAUAUGUCUGGGUCUAGAUUAAUUACAACUGAGGCUGAUAAAACUAUAAAAGUUUAUAAAGAGGAUGACGAAGCUACGGAAGAGAGCCAUCCUGUCAAUUGGAAGCCGGAAAUAAUUAAAAGGCGAAAAUACUAAAAAUCACAUCACGUAUUAUUAUAUAUAUACUUCACGUACUAUAUAAAAAAAAAAGUUUUUAAAACUUUAUUUCAGUCAAUUAUUUUUUAAGAGUAUUUAUUUAUUUAAAAUCAUGAAUUUACAAAUUUAUAAAUUAAAAUUAUUUUUAAUUGUUUUUAUUUUAAUCGACUGGAAUUUGAAAAAUUCAUUUCAGUAUAAAAAGCGAUCGUACUCUGUGUAAAAAAU